UACAAUAAACAGGAUGUAAAUUUUAGCUCUUGCAGAUAAAAGCCAUAAUAGAAAAGCCAUGACCUUACAUACAGCCCAUCUUGUGAAGCUGCUCGCAUCAAAUAAAGCUCUGCAACCCAUCACCGAGAAACGUGAUCAUGCAUCGAUUAACUUUCCUGGUUUUGAUUGUUUUCCUGGCUUCCAUGAAGCACAGACUUGUGAUUGCUGCCCCUGCUUCUCUAGAAUGGAGUCAACGGCUGGACAAUCAUGAGAUGCUGAAAGCACUUCGUGAAGAUGGCGAAGGACUAGCUAAUGACUUAGACAAAAGGACUGCCUUGUCAGUGGAAGACAACUAUGGAGAAAGCCUUCCACAUUUCAAACGUGGAUUUUUCAAUGGACGUCAACCUGGUAUUCAGAUAACUUUGUCCUUUGAUCAGUUGAUGAAAUUGCUGGACGCUAUACCACGCACCGACUAACUGAAGAGUCAUAAGAGUAUGAAAUGAAAUACGCUUUAAGUGUAACAGAAGUUCACCAGAUUGAGAAUACAGCCACCUACCAUAGUUUUUUCUAAAUAUUAUAUAUUCAAGUUCCUUUUGUUGAAUCAAUGUCAAUGAUAUUACUUUUCUUCUAAUAAGUCAAAACUGUCUCAGAGCAUGUCCAUGAGUUAAAAAUAUUAUUCAAGCAAAACAUGCAGUGUGAACUCCUUGCAGGAGUCUAUUCUUAAGCAUGCAUAAACACUAAUUAAACCACUUAAGUAAUGAUCAAAUAAGUGUGAACACACUAAUCAAACAAUGUAUGUAUAUGAAUGUUUUCAAUUCAUAUACUGGUUCUUCUAGAUGCUCAAACAUAUCUGCAUAACCUGAAAAAUAACUUUAUUUUUAAGAUCAAAAUCAUUUCAUACAAAAAUGUGAAUAAGGGCUUAGUACCUGUGACACUUGAGUGAUGAUUCCUUUCUUAGAGCCAUGGAAUAUAUAAACAGCACCUUUCUUCUCUUCACCUGCAUAAGGUGCUCCAACUGCUAAGUCUGCAGAUACGAAGAAAUGGAACCAAUAGAGAAAAUGUAUUCAGAAACUGAAUCUUAGUACAAGUUAAUAUAAGCUUUUCAAUUGAACUUUUUAGCAGUAGUAAAUGAAGCAUCAUGAACAUUUUGCACAUUUCAAAUAAAAGCAAACCACUUCUUACUUACUGAA